AAAAUGACUAGUAAUUAUACAAGACUUGUACCUGGCAGAGCUAGACGUGUCAAAAUUUACAGAAAUGGUGAUGCUCAUCACAAGGGUUUAAAUGUUGUACUAAAUUACAAACAAGGCCAAGACAUCAACACGUUACUAGAUUCUAUUAGUGAAAGAAUUGGGUUGGUAUUGGGAGCAAAACGUUUAUUUACCACUGAUGGAACUCAAAUAACUUCAGCAGAGGAGUUGGAACAUAAUGGGGAAUAUGUCGCCUCCUCUGGCACAUUUACACCAGCAGCAUAUGGUCAACCAGGAGUAAAUCGACUAGGACAGAGCGGAGGUUCAUUACGCCGUCCCCGCCGUGACAGUGCCUCUAGAUCUACACAAGAAAAUAAUUCUUUGGGCUCUUCAUAUUCUGCUACAAGGCAAACAAGAAGUAUUGAAAGAACAAGUGAAAAGACGGCAUCAGCACCAAAACAAAGGACAAAGAAGCUUAGCAAGAAAAAGGUAAAAGAAAAGGCUCCUCCAACUCCAGAAGAACCUGCUGCACCCCCAACAGCAGAUAAUAAUGUGGAUGAGGCAGCGAAUGAGGAAGAAUCAGAGGUGAAUAAUCAAAAUGGAGAGGUAAAAUCACCAGAGGGAACAACAGAAGUAGAGGUGAUAGAACAUGAACAGCAUGAUGAAGAAGAGGAAAAGGUGGAGGAAGAAGAAAAGGCUGAGGAAGAAACUUCUGAACCUCCUGAAGAGGAGAAAGAAGAACAUAAUGAGGAAACUGCAGCUACACCAGUAGAGGAAGAAGAAUCAGAAAGAAAUGGGGAGGAAGAAGAACAUGAAGAAGAGAAAAAAGAAGAGGGUGAGGAGGAGGAAGAAGAGACUGAAGAAAAAGAGACAGAGGAAGAGAAACGACAAAGUACCCCAAAAACACCAACUUGAAAAUAAUUCUUA